AUGAUCGUGGCCACUUGCCCUCGUCUGAUCAUAUCCGUGCCGGUUGAUACGGCCACGGCGGACUCGCUCAUCAUCAUCGACGAGCUCGGACGCGGUACCUCGACGUACGAUGGCUUUGGCCUGGCGUGGGCGAUCAGCGAGUGGAUCGCCACCAAUGUGCGCUGCAAGUGUCUAUUUGCCACGCACUUCCACGAGCUAACCAACCUGGCGAGCCAGCAGGCGCACGUGCGGACGGCCUGCACAAUCUGCGGAAACGUAAGGCCAACGCUCUCGACGGGCCCUCGCGGUGGUCGCUAG